UUUAUUUCAUUAAUGUCUGCAGUCACUUUUUUUCCUCCAAAGUGUUCAACCACACCGAACUGUAGUGAAUACUUCAAAGAUUGCUGUCCGGAUUACUACUGGAAUGUUGAAAGUCAAACAUGCAAAGAAUGCUUAGCGGGAUAUGGUGGAAUCAACUGUUCACAAGCCUGCCCAUACCCAUACUAUGGAGAAAAAUGUCAAAAAGAAUGUAAAUGUGAGAAAGAAUGGUGUGAUAUCUCUCGAGGUUGUCCAGAUGUAUCAACAGAAACGGAAGCAACACUAUCUUUGAACAUUACUACAGUAGUGGAAAACCACACCAACCCGACAACAGGGAUAUUCACGACAAAGGAUCUUUUCAGUACAAACGAUAUAGUCCUGAUUCUUAUAGAGGUUGUUGGUUUUGUGGACAUAAUAAUGAUAUUUACUUACGUAGUUGUUUGCAUUUAUGAUCGGAAAUUUAAUACAUUCAAUACUCGUGAACUGAUUGAAACAACUGUAGCAUUUCCUGAAAACAAUUCGAUGUAUGAAAACGUUCAAAUAAUAUUUCCUUCAACCUAAUUGAGUUUAUAACCGACGCAUGGCCGGGUGGUUUUUUUUUUCAAACUUUUUUUUCGUAUUACAUA